AAAUAACUCCAAAAGAAAGAGGAAAAAAAAAAAAAAUGUCUCUUUCAGACACAACUCCUCUUCUUGGUGGUCAGAACCCAAGACGCACCUCCCCACCAAACAGUCGCAGCCCUAACUACAUCAAUUACGGAAACAAUCCCAAUAAUAAUAACAAUACUAAUCUCUACAAUAGUAAUAGUUAUCCGCGUAGGAGCGGUAUUUUUAAUAAGCAGAACAACAACAAUAACAGCUACAACUCCUCUUCACCACCUCAGCGCCAUUGGUCUGAAGAGCCAGAAGAUAUCUCGACCAACCCAAGUUUAUACGGGCAUCAGAACACCGGUUCAGGUCAUAGACGACGAGGGCCGCCUCCGCCUAUCCAUCACCCAUCAGAGCUAGACGCGCAACGGUUCUCAGGUCAGGAUCGACCGACUGGUUUACAGCGGAUCCUCUGCGGCUGUUGUUGUUUACCUUGUCGUACAGCGUAUUACAACCUCAAACACAAGACUUCCAAACUUGAAAAAAUCUUUAUGGGUAUCGCUACGAUCUCAUUGCUGCUGGCCAUUGGGCUUUUAUGUGCCUAUGUUCGUGCAAGGGAAGCCAUUCCUGAAGGUGGCAAGAAUGGAAUCUGCUUUUCCCGUGAAUGUACUAUCGUCGCUGCGGACAUCCUAAGGGACAUGAAGCCUUCAGUUGAUCCAUGCAACGACUUCUUUGACUUUAACUGUGGUGGAUUCGUGGAUCGGGUCUCAAUUCCUGACGACAAAGCGGGAUAUGGGUACUUUGAUAUACUCAGCAAGCAGAACCAGGAAAUUAUCAAAGCCAUCCUUGCACCAGAGACCAACAGUGCACACCAGGGUAAAGAUGAUGCUUCCAAACGCAACUUGGUCAAAUUACAAUCUCUUUACGAAAGUUGCAUGGACGAGAAAAAGAUGUCGGAGGUCGGAGUUAAGCCUCUGGCGGAUCUGAUCAAGAAAAUGGUCAGUAUCUUCCCUGCAGAGUCUAGUGUACUUGAUACCAAAGUAUCUGCGGUGUCCUCUUUCAGUCAUCUUGAAGUAUUGCGUAACAUCAAUGCGAAGGCUCAGCAGAAAACGCAUGACAACAAACAAAGACUCGAAGGAUUGGACUCUACUAUCCAACAACAAGUCGACAGAGGAGAAGAGAGCAGCCACCAAGAGUCCGAUAACAAGAAUCACAAUGCCGAACAAGCACCAUUUGUUAGAUCUGAUGUCUCUAUCAUGGAUGAGGAAUCUGAGCAUCAUCAAGGUGCUCCAUCUCAAAUUGAUACCCUCUUGGACAAGGAUGAAAUUCUGAAUCAAAAACAAAAACGAGAUACACAGCCGCAGAUACAGAUGUUUGCUAGAGCGGAGCCAGAUGAACUGGCGCAGGCAAUUGCUCAACUUGCUUGGAUCGGUGUGACAACUAUGGUGCAAUUCGAUAUCGAUGCCAAUCCGAAGGAUCCAGAUGUAAAUGUGUUUCAGUUAGGCGAGAGUGGACUCGGCCUGCCCUCGAAGCAAUAUUAUGACGAAGAUAAAAUUGUUGCCAUCUAUCAAAAAACAGUCGAGGAAAUGUUUACUAUUGUUAUGGGAACCAAGGAUGAAAACAAGGAUAAGGAUGAAAACAAGGAUAAGGAUGAAAACAAGGAUAAGAAUCGCAAGCUUGAUCCGAUUCCCUGGGCUGAAGUCGCCAAGAAUGUGGUUGGAUUUGAAAAGCUUCUUGCUGCCAUUUCAAGUGAGCAAGAAGAUCUUGAAAACUCUGAAUUGACCUACAACCCUCGUUCGCUUAGCCAAAUCGCAGAAAUAAUCCCAGCGAUUGAAUGGCCCCAGUUAAUUGAUGAGCUUUUCGGCAAGGGAGCCAAGGUCCCAGAUCCGAUCAUCGUGUCCAUGCCAGAGUAUCUUCAGAAGUUGAAUGCGCUUCUUCGAGAUACGCCUGCGAUGACUAUCCAAAACUACUUUGCCUGGAGACUGAUCCAGACACUCUCUCCGAACCUAGCGGUUGAAUUCCGCAAACCAAUGUUGGAGCUCAAGGCGGCACUGCAAGGCGUCUCUGCGGAUUUAGUGACCUCUCGCUGGGAGACUUGUGUGGGCGUUGUUGACAAUCUCUUGGGCUCUAUGGCCGGACACUAUUUUAUCGAGAAAGCAUUCCAGGGAGACAGCAAAGAAAUGGCGGACAGCAUCAUUAGCUCUCUCCGAACAUCAUUUGUCGCGGGACUGUCUGGACUGGAAUGGCUUGACAAGGAGACAUUGCUGAACGCGACCGAGAAGGUGGAUCUACUGGUCCAAAAGAUUGGUUACUCGACAGAGUCACCUGAUGUCCGGUCAUCAGAAGCAUUGGAGGAAUAUUACAAGGACUUGGGGAUUGAUAAGGCAGACUUCUUUGGAAAUAACAUUAGAGCAAGCACCUGGGGAGUCCAGAGAGUAUUGACCCACCUUAGCAAACCUGUGGAUAAGGCCAAAUGGUACAUGAGUCCUCAGGCCGUGAAUGCAUACUAUAAUCCUUCUGCGAACGAGAUCGUCUUCCCAGCAGGCAUUCUUCAACAACCAUUCUUCCAUGGCGAUAACCCAGAAUACUUGAACUAUGGGGGCUUUGGUGUCGUUGCAGGGCAUGAGUUGACGCAUGCUUUUGAUAACCAAGGCAGACUCUUUGAUGCUCAUGGCAAGCUCUCUGAUUGGUGGUCCAAUUCAACAUUGGUGGAGUUCAAGUCAAGAUCACAAUGUUACAUUGACCAAUAUGGUAAUUUUACGGUCAAGGAUCCUCAAGGACGCGAGAACCAUGUCAAUGGCAGACUUACUCUUGGCGAGAAUUUGGCAGAUAAUGGAGGAUUAAAGAGAUCAUUUGACGCGUGGCUUGCCAGGUUCAAGUCUGAUCCUCAUGGCAAUAAAUACAAAAACCAUCUGUUAGCUGGCCUUGAGGAUUACACACGUGAGCAACUCUUCUACAUGUCGUUUGCUCGUGUUUGGUGCUCCCAACGUCGUCCUGCAUCUGCUAUUGAAAGGUUGCGAACGGACCCACAUGCACCUGCUAGAUGGCGCGUCAACGGUGCUGUGCAGAACUCACCUCAUUUUGCUGAAGUCUUUGGCUGUAAGCCUCGAUCACCCAUGAAUCCAGAUAACAAGUGCGAUCUGUGGUAACUGAGGACUAGAAUUGAAAAGCUUACAAAUAAAAUGAUGUAAUAAA